UGAGUCAACCUUACAGUCAUACAGUUGUUCAAAGAUCGUAAGAAACGAGCGUGGAAAAACAGUUUAUUACAAUGACUGUUCAAUGGACUCUUGCAGCCGGCUUUCUGUAUGCCGAGAUUGGUGUACUGUUGUUGUUCUGUUUACCGUUUAUUUCUGCUAAAAGAUGGAACACAAUUUUUAACUCAAGGAUCGUGGCCACUCUGUUCGAAUAUGGAAAUUUCUAUUUCAACGUGGUUGUAAUUGUGAUGGCACUUCUUCUGGCUGAUUCUAUUCGAGAAGCCAGAAGGUACAGCAAAGUUGAUACCACACCUCAAGUAGACUUACACAACAACCCACAAGCUGAAAUGAUGGUCCAAAUGAAGCUAUUCCGUGCUCAGAGAAACCUUUACAUCUCUGGAUUUUCUUUGUUUCUUUUAAUAGUGUUACGCCGUGUUGUAAGGCUUCUUUCCCGAUAUUCAGUUCUUGAGGCUUCUAAUGAGGCCAGUCUUCGUCAGGCUCAGAAUGUCUCAGAAGAAUGCAAAAGACUGAUGGAUGAAAACGACAAACUUAAAAAGGCUGUAGAAGACGCAGGAGGCAAAGCAGAGGAAGUGACGCAAGAUGACGAUAAACUUAACCAAGACUUGAAAGAUAUGAGGGAAGCUUUGGAGGAGAAAUCCAAAAAGCUCGCAGAACGAACUGAAGAGCUUGAGAAAACAAAGAAGGAUUUGGCUGCCUUGAAAGAACAAGCUGCUGGACUGACACGGGAAUAUGACAGGCUGUUGGAGGAGCACUCCAAAGCACAGGCUCAGUUGGAGAAAGAUGAGAACCAAACAGGAGAAGAAAAGAAAGACAACUAAAAGCAUCUUCAGUACUCUGAUUUGAGAGAUGCAACCAGAUGAAUGGCAUCACUAAUAUUAUUAUUAGUUUCAGUAAAUGAGGUUAAUAUUUACAAGAUAGUUCCAAUUAAUUAAGAUCUGAGGGCAGAGGGUUGAUAUGUAAUGUUUUGAUUUGUACUCGCUGGUCAAUAUUAUCAUUCUUCGCGUCAGUUGCACACGAUAGAAAUGAUCACACCUAUAGACAAGUCAACUAUCUUUUGGAUGUAUCGCUAUGACAUAUAUAACUUAAAUUAACAUUAAGUGGCUUCAUCACACGAGUGUACCACAUUGCAGUGAAAAAAAUUUGUCAACUGGAAUGACAGCAGUGUGUGAAAAUCAUUUUACGUGGGCUGCAGGUUUUGGUGAGGAAAAAACAUUUGUUGGUUUUGUUACAAGUUCAGUUCAUUUACAGGGAGGUUUAUAGCCUAAAGACAAGAAUUUCAUGGUAAGAAAUUUUUUCUCUUCAUUUUCUUUCUGGUUACUUUUGACAUUGUGUUUGUAGUUUUGGUCUGAAUUACGUUCUUUUCCCCAUUGUUGGCAAGUCACAGGGAAAAAAUUGCAACUUUCAUUUUAUUUUGGUGUAAAAAUGUGGUUUAUGAAACAUGAGUGUGAAGAGAAACAGUCUCAUUUACAAGACUAAUAUUUUUAGAGAAAACUUAAAUUUAGCAGACUUAGAAAUGUCUUGAAACUCCCUUAUUUAUUUAACUUACAAGAAAUAAAUUGAGAAAUUGUUUAAACAUUUCAGAUUUCAUCACUUAAUUCAGGGUUAAAAUCAAAGAAAUCCCUCAAUUACAAAUUCAAACCACAAAAUUCAGUUGGAACAAAAAUAGUAGCCAGUUAUAAAUUAUGAACCAAUUAUAUGUUUGAUAAACUUUUUACAGAGUACUUAACUUUAGCUAGCAUAGUAUUGUUGUUAAAUGAAAUAAAUGUUAGCUCCAAGACAUUUCA